UUACCAAAAUGUUGAAAAUAUGAAAAUAGAUAACAUUCAAUUUAAUGUUCUUUCUAUGGUUUAGAAUAAGCUUCAUCUAAUGAGGUAAAUUGAUAUGUGUUGGUCCCAAAAUGGUACAGUGUGGUAAAAACAUUAUGUUGAGGGUGAAAAUGAAUGCAGAAAGACGUUUGUUAGCAUCGUGAAAGAACUUUCUUGGUUGCAGCGAACUGUACUUUGUAAUCCCAUGAAUGCUAAUAAUUCUAGAAAUGGUGUGUCUUCUUAGCAAAUUGUUUGGUAGAACCUUGCAGUUACCAAAUAGGAUUCAGGAUUCAGUUUAGUCUUAAUUGGGUUCAAUUAUGUGUUUUUGAUGAUUCAACCUCAUUUCCUUGCUUUUCAAGGGCCCUAGUCACAUUUUCAUUUGCAUCUUAGAAUUUAGACGCAUCUCUGUUUCUGAUAGCAUCUCAAUUCCCCCGAUUGCUUUGUUCAGCCACACUCAGCUACCAAUUCCGAUCCGGCUGCUCCAGUCUCCAGAGGAAGUGGUUCUGGAGCAAGGAAAAAGUUUGGUCACUCGUUCAAUCAUUCUUCCUCGUCGAUUCUCAAAAGGUAACUUUAGGUAGGAUUCGAUUUAUGAUUCUCUAUAAGAUUUCUGAUUCUCAGUAUGGUUCAAAUUUCAAGUGUUGGAGAUCUUAGAGAUUAGCUCAUCCCUUUAUCCUUGAGAUAAUGUGCAUUGUAUGGAAUUGAGAGGCUUUGAAGGUUUCAGUCCCAAUAUAUUUGUAAUUUGUGGCUUAUAAUAUUAUGUACCAACUUUGUUAUAUAUAAAAUAUGGUAUUUUAUUAUAAUUCAAUUUAAUUUUUCUAAUUAAAUGGAUCACAUGUGACAUGACCGAGAAUCUUUCACGGACAACACUAUUUAUAUGAAAUUAUUUAUUUGUUAGGCUCUUGCGUUGUUCGCAACCAAAUUAUAUGGUUGUGUUAAACUUUCAUCACCACAAAAAUUAGUCACCUAAAAUAAUACUAUUGGUUGGCAUAGGAAUUAUUUACAACCAAAUUUUAUUGUUGUCUAAAAAUUCUAUAACAAAAAUAAUUAGUAGUAUAAAAUGAUAUAAUUGGUUGGUAUAUGUGUUUUUCACAACCAAAUUUUAUGGUUGUGUUAAACUUUCACAACCAAAAAUAUUGGUUGUUAUAAUGAUAUUGUUGGUUACUAAUAGUCAAAUAAAUUGGUUGUCAUUAGUAUUUAUGGCGACCAAUCAUCGACAUUCCUCAACCAAUAUUGUGAACAAUGACAACCAAAUUAAGAUGGUCGCAAAAAAAUCAAGAUUUUUUACCAUUGACAAAAUUGGUUGCAAUAGCUUUAUUUUUCGCUACCAAUCAUAAUUUUGGUUGCUGUAGGAAUUCGUAACGCGGCUAUAGCGACCACUUCUGCUACCAAAACUUUUUGGUUGUGAAAAUGUUUUAAUAACCAAUUUUAAAUUUUUAGCGACCAAAUAUGUUCGUUGCAAAAAGCCUUUUUUCUUGUAGUGUUGGAUGGCAUCCGGUUUCAACCGUGACCGGACUGGGUCAAAUCCGGUUUUAAACCGGAAACCAGAUUGACCCUUCCCAAACGUUGACGUUUGAAAAAAAUUUGAAAAAAAAAUAGAAAAGAAAAACAAUGAAAUUGAGAAGAGGGGUCUCUGCCUCCUCCACUUAAAUUCCUUCUCUCUUCUUCUUUACCGAUCUUUCUUCCACCUACCUCUUCUCCUCUCUAUUCUUCUUUCUCUUUCUUGUUUCUUCCAUCUACCUCUUCUUCUCUUUGACGACUCGUGGUCGACACCUCCUCUUCCUCCAUGCACGAGCUGAUGCGGAGGAGAUUGCGGCGGCGCUGGCUGGGGAACAGAGAGGAGGUGGUGCCGUGGUGGUGGCCAAUUGCGGCGACUCCAGUCUCCAAGGUGGGUUUCGCCGCCUAUACCCCGAGUCUCCGGCCUCUGAGCCUGCAUCAGUUCCUCAGCGAUUCUUUCCCCAUUCUCGUUGUCCGUCCCCGUCGUCUUCUCCAGCAAACAGACGGCCAACCUCCGUCGUCCCUCCUAUCACAUCUAGCAUCCGCCUUCCCUGCUCGAACCUGAGCCUUUCACCUGAAAAGAAGAUUCCCCGCCUCUUUCGGCGAGGGAGAUUAGAGGGGACUGGGGAGGAGUGAGCGGCUGGUAUGGAAACGUGGGUGAGAGCAAGAGGGAGUAGGAUUAGGUUUAGGGUUGGGCUCUGGGUCGGGCUGGAUUUGCUGAGUGUGGGCCUGGGGAUUGGAUUGUGGGCUGGGCUUGCUUGAAGAUUUUAAUCCGGCUUUCCGGUUUUAACCGGAUUGGACCGGGUUGGCAAACAGACAGACCGGAGACGGGAUCAGAUUGGAUGCAAUCCGGUUUCCGGUUACAACCAGGACGGUUUAAACUGGCAGUUUUCCGGUUUGACCGGAAAACCGGGACCGGAUUCCCACCCCUACUAAUUAUUGUGUCUACCAUGGCCGCGAGACGGCGUUGUUAAAGCCAGGACAGGUGUAUCCCUUGGAACGGAGCUGGAAUGAUUCCUAUGAAGAUGAACGUGAGUAUGAUGACAAGGGUAUUGGCCUCUGCCAAGGCACUUCGACGAUCGCCACACGCCGCCAAUCAAGACAGUUGCACGAC